UUUUCAAAAUAAAACAUUUUCACAAUAAAAUAACAGAAGUAAUUUAAAAGUUACUUUGCCUAGUAACUAAUUACUUUUGAUAUACAGUAACUGGUGAAGUAAUUCAAUUACUUUUAAAAGAAGUAACUAGUAACUGUAACUAAGUACUAAUUUUCAGUAACUUGCCCAACUCUGAUCAUAACAAGAUCAGAACUUAACCUGCCUCGUUCAAGUCCCAUCCCAGGACAUGAUCAGUCGGAUGAAAUGUGACACAUUAUGAGUAAAGCUUGUAAGUUAGACUGCUCUCCAUUACAUUACAAGAUUAUUUCAUUAGAAUAAAACUGCCCUCAAAUACAUGUUUCUACUCUAUAGCAAAAAUGUAAUCUCUAGAAUCUCCAAUUUGAAUGCAAAGUAGCAUAAAACACUAGCCUGGAUGCCAGACGAACUUAGCCCCGCCCACAACAUUUUAGGUCGGGCAGUUCGGUCUGGAGUCGCUCCGUUGAGGAAAAAUUAUGGCCCGACCGGGCCAAUCAGAUUGUCAGGGCGGGCUUUAUACGAUGAUUGACAGAUGAUCAACGGUAACGUAAUCAACCACGUCAUCAAAGCAGAGCUGCCAACUCUCAAGCUUUCCCCCUGUGACACACGCUUUUGCAUGUUUUCACACGCACUCACGCCACACACCCAAUUUCUCACGCCAAAAAAAAAAUCUGAUUUUGGGCCGAGACGCGUUCGUUCCUCCCCGACGCUAGAUGGCGCUAAGGAGCGCAUCUGUAACUCUAUCCGCUGCAGAAGAAGAGUUACAAGAGAGAAUCUACCUGGAAUCUACCGCUGAAGAAAAUCUUCAUCUUCAGUCUGAGCAGAGACAAUGGCCAAAAACUCACUCUGAAGAUCUUCCAAACAGCACUUUAUACAGACAAGAAGAGCUGAGGUAAAAAUGACAGCUGGGUUGGUAGCUCAUAACGUUCCUCUAGCCUUUGCGGAUCACCUGGGGCCUCUCCUAAAAGACUGUUUUGGAGAUUCGAAGACGGCGCAGGACUACAGGUGUGCCAGGACUAAGUCAUCCUGCAUUACUAACAAAGCGCUUGCGCCUUAUUUCACACAAGAGCUUGUGAAGGAGCUCAAAAACAGCCCAUACACCCUUGUUACAGAUGGGUCAAAUGACACAGGAGUGCAAAAGAUGAACCCGCUUACUGCCCGGGUCUUCAUGGGAAGCAAAGUUGUCCACCGAUUUUUGAGCAUGUGCACAACAAGUGGGAAGACAUGUGGGACAGCAAGCGAGAUCUUCGCCAAGAUUAACUCCACCCUAGAGGAGCAUGGUAUCCCUUGGGAGAACUGCGUUGCUCUCUCGGUUGACAAUGCAGCUGUGAACAUCGGACCACACAAUUCCAUCGCCUCUAGGGUGCUCCAGAAACACCCCAACACCUAUAUUCGUGGUUGUCCUUGUCAUGUGGCCCAUAACACCACCAAAGCUGCAGGAAGGGGAUUUUUUAAAGUGUCUGGUUUUGAUUUGGAGGACAUGGUAGUGGACAUCGGUUACUGGUUCAAAGGUAGCACAAAUCGGAAAGGAUACCUGACAGAGUUUUGUGAGCUGCAUGAAGCUGAGUACAUGGAGGUCCUCCUGCACAUCUCAGUUCGUUGGCUAAGCCUUGAACGUUGUGUGACCAGAAUCCUGAGGCUUUACGGACCUCUCGCGAGCUACUUCAAAUCUGCUAAUGAAAAUCAGGCCAGAUUCAAGAGGCUUGUGCAGGCAUUUACUGACCCCAUGACAGAAGUGUACCUGCUGUUCUACCAAGCCACCGUACCAACCUUCACUGAUUUCAACUUGCUUCUCCAGAGAGAGCAGUCAGCAAUAUAUUUGUUACAUGAUGAGAUGGUGAAAUUCGUACGCAAGCUAUGUUCCAAAUUUAUGGUUCCAGCAGCUCUGCAAUGUCACGAAGAGCCUUGUGAAAUUGCCUAUAAAGAGAAGGCAAACCAUUUGCCAGGGAAAAAGUUGAACAUUGGGUUCACAACCAGGGCUACACUUAACAGGUAUCUUGAUGAGGGUGACAUCACACCACGGCAGGUGGAUUCAUUCCAUGAAGCUGUGUUAAGUUUCCUAACCAGUGCUGUGGGCUAUGCACUUAAGAAGCUGCCACUGGAAGAGCCACUGAUCAAACACGCAAAAUUUGUAGAUGUGCGGCAGAGGGCUGAAAGUGGCAUUGAAGAUGUCCUGUACUUUGUUGAAAGGUUUCCCCAUCUCCUCCCAUACCAUGGGCCAGAGGAGCAUGACCACCUGGGUGAGGAGUUUCUCAGUUUUCAAACCAUGCCAACAACCUCCCUUCAGGACGAAACUGAAAUGGAAAGCUUCUGGGCUGGAAUGGCAACAAGGAAACAUAAGGUAACAGGAGCCAAAGAAUUUGAGAGGCUUGCUGCCGUCGCCAAGCUGGUCCUGGUGUUGCCCCAUUCAAAUGCAGAUGCGGAGAGGGUGUUUUCUGUGGUGGGACUGAAUAAAACUAAGACCAGAAAUAGCCUGGCAUUAGAUGGCACCCUGUCCUCGAUAAUGGCCAUAAAGAUGGCCGACCUGGAGCCCUGUUUCAGAUGGGAGCCCCCCUCAGAUGUCAUCAAGGACUCCAAGAAGGCCACAGGCCAGUACAACCUUGCCCACAGAUAAUUACUAACCAGCUUCUGAUCUGCAUCCGAUACCUCAUUUUUAUUUAUUGUUGUUCUGGUUGAUUGUAUAGUUCUUGUUCCUUAUUGCUUAAAAAGGCUAUGCGCCUAUGGAGAAUAGCCACACCGCAGUGGCGUGGAACACAUAACAGGCUCACUAGGUAGCAUAUUCUCCAGCAGGCAUGCGCCUAUGGAGAAUAGCCACACCGCAGUGGCGUGGAACACAUAACAGGCUCACUAGGUAGCAUAUUCUCCAGCAGGCAUGCGCCUAUGGAGAAUAGCCACACCGCAGUGGCGUGGAACACAUAACAGGCUCACUAGGUAGCAUAUUCUCCAGCAGGCAUGCGCCUAUGGAGAAUAGCCACACCGCAGUGGCGUGGAACACAUAACAGGCUCACUGGGUAACAUAUUUUCCAGCAGGCAUGCGCCUAUGGAGAAUGGCCACACCGCGGCGUUGAAUGGCGCACACAUAACAGAUACCGAUUCAUCCGUCAGGCUCCAAAUCUGUGCAGUGUUGGGGGGUUACAGUAUUAGCUCAUCAUUCCUGUGUUAGCAUAUGGGGAGUGAUUAAGUUGGAGCCUAGACGCCAAACACAAACCUGUUCUACUGUGAAUAAUAAAUAUCGUAAUAAAUAAGAUAAAUAAUCAAACGUGAGUUGUCUGACUGAAAUGGAGCGAAGCCAGCGAGCUAGCUCUGGCAGGCAACUCGAGCUGCGCUGCUUCAGUCAUGUGCCAUACAUCAGGUGACAUAAAUCAUGUGACAUACUUCACUUGCCACAAUAAGCCACAGCACUCAUCCACCGCAUUAGGCGGUCUGUUUAAGCAGAGGGAAAACCCAUCUGUCCAACCAUACCCGAGCGUCUUGACCCCAUGGUAUUCAUCCAAUUCCUACAGAGCAGUGAAUAGAUCAAGAGCCAAUAACCUUAUCAUGUGUCAAUGCUGCUACAAUAGAAAGCUAUGAAUCCUCAAUGAUGACAGUCUUACCUAACAUUUACCUUGGCUUUAUAUUUCCUUAUUACUGAAUUGUUGUCAAGGUGAGUCAGAGUAUACGAUAAUGGAAGCAGCCUAAUAGGAAAUCUGACAAGGACGCUUAUUUAAUCCUCUACAUGACCUUAUCCUCUCUAGUCUUAGAAGAACACAUGUUCACAACAAGUCUGAUAGAUCUUGUCGAGACUUCUGAAUUAUCAUUGUUAAGAAUAAUACUGCUUUCUGUUCUUUCUCCUCUAUGAUCAAACGCUUGCAUCCCUCUUCAACCAAUCAAUGGUCGAAAAUGCAUGACGAGAUCUCCUCAAAGCCUCGCCAUCCCUGCCAGAGCUGAGGCCUAACACCUGGAUGCUGUCCCCGCUCUCCUACUGGUUCUGGAGUGGAACAGGUUUAGGAGAGCCAGCAGGUCACAGCCGAUGACCUUCUCAGUUGACUGAAUGAUCCGCUGCAGUCUGCCCUUGUCCUUGGCAGUGGAGGCAGCGAACCAGACGGUGAUAGAUGCGGUGAGGAUGGACUCAAUGAUGGCUGUAUAAAACUCAACCAUCACUUUCCGCGGACUGUUGAAUUUCUUCAGUUGCCGCAGGAAGAACAUCCUCUGCUGGGCCUUCUUGAUGGUGGAGGUGAUGUUCUCCAUCCACCUCAGGUCCUUUGCAAUGAUCGUCCCCAGGAAUCUGAAUGACUCCACUGUUUUAACUGGGGAGUUGCACAUGGUGAGGGGGGCUGUUUGGGCUGGGCUCCUCCUGAAGUCUGCUACCAUCUCUAUAGGGGAGACGAGGUGCUGAAGGAUGAAGUGGAGUCCCAUGUUGACUGCAUCGUCUACGGACCUGUUGGCUCUGUAGGCAAACUGCAGUGGGUCGAGGAGGUGGUUGGUUAUGGUCUUGAGGUGGGUCAGCACGAGGCGCUCGAAGGUCUUCAUUACUACAGAGGUCAGGGCGACUGGUCUGUAGUCAUUAAGGCCUGUGAUCCUCUGUUUCUUGGGAACGGGGAUGAUGGUGGAUGUUUUGAGGCAGGCGGAUACAUCACAUUCAGCCAGUGAGGUGUUGAAGAUGUCCGUGAACACUGGAGACAGCUGAUCCGCACAGUGCCUUAAGGCCAAUUUAUGCUUCUCCGUUUUGACGGACACGGACAGAUAGGACCGCCUUCUUUGACGUAGAACGCCCUCUCCGGGCCUCUCCGGGGCUCCUCGGAGAGCUUUUCGUGCAGGUCUGAUUUUUCUAACUACUCCUCUGCAUGGCGGAGAGGCCACGGAUAGCCCUUGGCUGUGAUUGGUCCGCUAACGCCAGCAUUUCGGGACGACAUCAUUUCCGGUAAUGACCCAGGGCAGCGCGGGAAACUGCAUGAGACGCCUUGCUGAUGGUGCUGUAACAGUGGUCCAGAGUAUUGUCGCCCCUGGUCGGGCAUUUGAUUAACUGUUUGUAUUUUGGGAGUUCGUUAGAUAAGUUCCCCUUAUUAAAGUCCCCAAGGACAAUAACAGGGGAAUAUGUGUUCUCUCUCCUUUUCUCCACUCCCAGUAUCUGCUCCGCGAGUUGUCGUUGAGCCUCACGCACGUCAGCUUGCGGGGGGAUGUAAACUCCAGCCAGGAUAAAAGAGGUGUAAUGGGGAGAGUAGAACGGUCUGCAGUAGUGAAAAAGUUUCCAGGUCCAGAGAACAGGACUGUAAAAUUACUUUCACGUCGCUGCACCAGCCAUGUUUAUAUAAAAACAAAUCCCUCCGCCUUUUGCCUUGCGUGAGAGGAUCGGGUCGCGGUCUGCCCGUAACAGCUGAAAGCCGGUCAGCUGUGCGGCGGAGUCCGGUGUAGUUUAGGUCAGCCACGAUUCCGUGAAACACAAGACAGAAGAAAGGGAAAAGUCUCUAUUUGUCCGGACGAGAAGGCGCAGUUCGUCCAUCUUAUUGCACAGCGAACGAACAUUGGAGAGGAGAAAGCUCGGGAGAGGUGAGCGUAAUCCUCUCUCCCUGAAGCGCACCAGAGCCCCGGCUCGCUUUCCUCUCCGUCUCCGCCUCAGUCUCGCUGCAUGGCCGAGGACCACAGUACCUUUGAUGAGUAAAUCCAAUAAAUACAUGGAAGAGGCGAGGAAGUUGGGACAUAAAUCGGAUGGUGUUGUGUCCCUGAUGGUAAGAAGCUUGUCCAUCGUGAAAGUAAUCCGAGUAGGGUCGCAGUAAACAGAAUUAAAUACUAAAAACAAGCACAGAAGUGCGCACCAACACGCCAUGGCAGCAGUUCAUGGCGCCAUCUUUCAUCAUGACUUAUGAGAUAAGUCACACGCAUGCUGUGCAAGGUGAGCAAGGUCAUUUCAAGGUAAUGAAAUUCAUAAUUAAUACUUUUUCAAAGAACAGUUUGGGCCUCAUAUGGUUGCAUUGUUGCUUUGCCAGUGCAGUUAGAGGUGUUGCCACAGAAAUAUGACUCUCUGUGUAACAGGUGUAUUUUAAAUAGAACAAAUUAAAAAAAAAUGUCAAACUCCAAUCAUAAAGAUGAACGCUGACUUUGUUUUUAACUGCGUAUAUAGUGACUCAUAAACAUUUACAAAUGUGACUUGAAAAUAUUAAAGACUUAAACUUUGAAUUUCAUAUUUAUAAUUCUUGCACAAAAAAUUGACAAAAAACAGUGUUUACAGCUGCCUUUGUCAGCAGAUCCUCGUUGGUUUGUCGGUUUAUGAACCUUUUGUGUCUGUUAGCUGUAUUUUGUAACUGCCUGGAUGAUUACCUGCCUGUAUAUCUGCCCGCCAGCUUGUCCACUAAUCUACAUGUAAGCCUGUGUUUCUGUUUGCAUUUUUUUCCAGCAGGGUGACAAUACACCUGUAGGGUAUCUUGCCUGUAGGGACGGCAAAGUGAAGACACAACCCUGCUUGAAGUUGUACACAUCAGCCAGUUUGUACAAUACAUAUAUAAAGACUCAACAGCUUCUAAGUUGUGUUGAGUCAGCACAAAGGGCGACUAUGGAUUGGAAUUGGCAAUAUAUAGAUAACUGGGCCUGAUUACCCAGGGUUCCAUUUGGCGAGGUCCAUUGAAAAACCUGAAUUGUGUGUGUGAAUAUGCAGUAGUCCACGACACAGUGUUUGUUUUUGGUUGUGUUUGCUGAAAGUUGUUUUUGCUUUUACUUAUAUAUUUGGCUGUGUUGUGCGUUUUUCCAUCUCGACUUGUUUUAAAUCAGUUUGUUUUGUUUACGUGGAGGUGUAAGACAUAGCAGACACGGCCAACCAAUGAUAGUCUAUUUGCAGUUUUUGUUUUAACAAACUACUUCAAAAAUGUGCUUAACCCUCGUGUUGUCCCUGCUUCCCCAUGCUGUUGGCUGUGAGCGUUUGGGUAGCGAUUUGACUAACGCUUGUUUGCGAUACCCUGCUUCAAACACACAGACGC